CUCCUCUCUCUCCUUUUAUGUUCCUCCACUUCUUGAGAGAGAAGCACAAGCCAGGAAGAACUAAAGAGAGACUAUCAAAACAUCAACACGCAUUAUAGAGAGAGAUGGUUGAUGAUUUCAUGGUGUGUAUAGACAGAAUCAUAGCAGCCUCAACUUGUUUUGAGCCAGUUCAUAAUGGAGAAAGAGACAGGAAUAGAAGUGAUGGUGUUGGUGUUGGUAUCGGAGCAACAAGUAAGGAUGGUAAUGUGAGUGAGAGUGUUGUUUCUGUGAAAGGAAAUGAAGAAGGGUCUUCAUGUUCUCUGAAGAAAGUAGGGAUGGUUGAGUGUAGGAUAUGUCAAGAGGAAGCUGAGGUUCUUGCUAUGGAAGCUCCUUGUGCUUGUAAUGGCACCCUCAAGUGUCACUUGCAGUUUGCUCACAGGAAAUGCAUUCAGAGAUGGUGCAACAAAAAAGGUGACAUUACCUGCGAAAUCUGUAAUCAGGUUUUCUCACCAAAUUAUUCCCUUCCACCAGCCCGCAUCAAUCCUGAUGUUAUGGCAAUUGAUAUAAGGCAAGCAUGGGGCCACCACAUUGAUCUGCAUGAUUCUCAUCUUCUAGCUCUCGAGCAUCAAUUGCUACAAUCAGAGUACGAGGAUUAUGCUGUUGCCAAUACAAGCAGCAUUGCUUGUCUUCGAUCUGUUGCUCUCAUUUUGCUUAUAAUUUUGCUGCUCCGCCAAGCUCUAAUGGUUACAAGGGAUUCAGGGAUGGUGCAAGAAUCAUCAACUUUCUUCAGUUUUCAGGUUUCGCUUCUUCAAUUUGCUGGUUUUCUUUUGCCAUGCUAUGUGAUGGCCCGCUCUUGGUACAUUGUGCAAAGCCGAAGGAGAAGACAUGGAUAAGAGAGACAUCAUUGAUGUGAGCUACAUUCACUCUGAAAGAGAAGCGGUUUUCUUGUUUUUGCUUCUGAUAGGCAAGCUCCUUUGUCCAUAGCAAUUUGUCAAGUGGUAUUUCAAGUAACAGCAAUCAAAUGGGUUGAGAAUCAACUGGAAAAGCAUUUUUUAAGUAUUAGGGUUUUUGUUAAGUUACCUAAGAACUCAAGAAAAUGUAAAUGUGAGAAAAAUGAGUUCAUUAGGUUUUUAUAUUUCAUGUUAGUGAUGCCA